UCACAGUCGACAGUCAAAAGCGGCAGCAGCUCAAACAGAGCAGCAAGAUAAACGCUUGUUUAAUCUAAUAAGCAAAUAGAAACAACGGAGAAAAAUUGGGAUGAAGCUCGAACAGAAUUCAUAAAUCCAAAAAGCAAAAUCAAAAGUGUGAAGAAACCAGGUUUUCAGAAAACAAAUCCAAAAUAGUCAAGUUGUUGUGCGCACACUUAAAACUAGUGAUAUUACCAAGUGACUGGCGCCAAGAAGUGUCUGGCGUGGCCAGAGGUGUUUGGCUAGAAGCUACGACAAUCUUCCGGAGCUAAUUGCCGAGCAAUCUCCUCAUCCGAUCUUCGCUCUGCGCCCCAGAUGCCAUAAAGAUUACAUGCUUAUCAGACCCUACGACUGACUAAGUACUGAGGCACCGCCACCUGGAGAACUGGUAGUGCAAAAUGAGAGACAAGAAGGAACAGGCGAACAGCCGGAAGGCCUCCCAGGCCUCGGGACACUUCUCCCAGAUGGACGUUGACGACUCGGAGUUCAACGAUCCCUUCCAGACCCUGAUGGAGAAGGCCGGCAACCACGGUCGCUACCAAACGCUGUACAAUUUCAUGUUCGUCGGGGGUUUGGCCUGCAGCGGCGCCAUGAUCUACAUGAAUAUAAUCCUGGCCCUCAACAUACCCGAUCACUGGUGCACCGUGCCGGGCAGGGAAAACACCAACUUUACGCUGGAGGAGUGGCGCGAUAUCACCCUGCCCAAACAGGCCGACAAUCGGGGCAGAGAGACCUUCAGCAACUGCCUGAUGUUCCAGACCAACUUUUCAGAGAUCACGGACUGGUCCGCCUGGAACACCAGCCAGCGGACAAAAACUACUGAGGCCUGCCAGAACGGCUGGAGCUACGACAAGACCUGGUACGAGAGCACCAUCCCCACGGACCACAACUGGGUGUGCGCCAAGGAUUUGUUCGUGACAAAUGUGUUCGUGGUGGGUCGUGUGACGGAGGUGGCCGGUUCAUUUAUAUUGGGACAAAUGGGCGACUCCUGUGGUCGCCGCUUCGUGUACUACAUCAGUGUGGUCUUCUGCUCGCUGGGCCGCUUUGGUUCCAUCAUGUGCACCAGCUCGUACACGUGGUUCCUCAUCAUGACCGGCAUCGUGGGCCUCACCGUCAACAGCCUCUUCCAAUCGCCCCAAAUUAUCGGCAUGGAGAUCUCCCGGGAGGAGGACCGCAGUCGGAUUGCCUUCUUCCAGAGCUGCGGCUGGUCCGUGGGCACCACCCUGAUGCCCCUGCUCUACUGGUGGCUGCGCCACUGGGACUCCUUCAUGUGGCUCACCUCGAUACCCACGGCGACGUCCCUGCUUUUUUCCAAAUACGUAAUCGAAUCGCCUCGAUGGUUGAUUAGCAAACGGCGUUUCCGCGAGGCCAUUGUCCAGCUGCAGAAGAUAGCCAAAAUUAACGGCCAUCGCUUCGACAUGACCGAGAAGGAACUGACCGAGAUCUAUAGUCGGGACAAGCAGGAAGUCACCUACGGCAUGGCAUCGCUCUUUGCUAGCUGGCGGUUGGCCCGCAACACAAUCAUCAUGGGCUUCAGUUGGUGCGUGGUGGCCGUCUCCUAUUUCACGCUGGUGCUCUUCAGCUCCCGCAUGGCGGGCAAUCCCUUCCUGAACUUUUUGUACCAGAGCGUUGUGGAGAUCCCCGCCUACGUGGUGGGCCGCUAUCUGGGCGAUACGUAUGGGCGGCGCUUCACCAACUCCGUGUCCUUCCUCGUCGCGUUCGUCACCUGCCUGCCCAUCAUUGUGUACGCGACGGACGAGCGCUACGAGAGCCUGAUGAUCUACCUGGCCACGUUCAUCAAGUUCCUUAACGCCCUCACCUUCUUCACGGCGAACCUGCAGUGCCUGGAGAUCUACCCCACGUGCAUGCGGCAGACGGGCGUCGCCCUGGGCACCAUCCUGGCCAACGCCAUCGGAGUGCUGGCCCCGUACCUGGUCUACCUGGGCACCACCGUGGACAUCCGGGCGCCGUACUACAUUCUGGGCGUGCUCUUCCUGACGGGUGGCAUCGGAGCCCUCUUCCUGCCGGAGACCCUGCACAAGAAGCUGCCGGACACCAUGGAGGAGGCCAGUCACUUCGGACAACACGAUAAAUUCUUCAGUCUGCCGAAACCGCCGCCGGCGGCGGAGAACGACGACAGCCUGUCAUCCCAUCCGGAGUUGGCCAGGCUCAGGCGCUCGGAGACGGCGCCCUGAACUCCCGAACACCCGAACACCUGAAUCCCAGAAUCCUCGAGACUACUCCUUCGAUGUCGAAGUGCUCGCUGGCAAUCGAUUCCCGUAUCCGCAUCCGUAUCCGCACCGCAGCCGUAUCCCUACCCGUUCAACGCUCACGUACCCUUGUGAUGUUACGUUAAGUUUGCCCCAAGUAUUGCGAAUAAAGUAUUGUUAUGUAGGCAGCCGUAAUAAGACCCGCAUAAAUCACAAAUCACCCAGCGCCCGACCAGCGGCGCACAAAGAAAUCCCGGCAAUGAGUUUAUCAGCGCAUCUGUCAGAAAUUUACAAAUUACCUGGGGUGGCUAAUGCUGUGGCUAAUUUAAUAAAUGACGCCCCGCCAGGACCGCACACAUGGCGUAUGCGUAAUGCGUGGCAGGCGUCUGAUUUAUGCAA